AUGCUGCGUUUUGGAGUCCAAAUGAGCCGGCAAGUGGCCCUUAACAUGCAGACGGUAUCCCGCAUCCCAUGCAGCCGGAAUACCCAGAAAUUGAUCACCAGAAAGAUGACACAACAGCGAUCGCCGGUGGACUGGAACACAAGUAUUCCCACUAAGGCGGCGAAGGACAAGGAAAAGAUUGCCCCAUUGGGAUGGUUCCUGCUGCUAAUACCCGCCACUACAUUUGGCUUGGGCUGCUGGCAAGUGAAGCGCAAGAUUUGGAAGGAGCAGUUGAUCAAGGAUCUUAACAAGCAGCUUAGCACGGCUCCCGUGGAUUUGCCAGAGGAUCUCAGUGAUCUAACCCAAAUGGAGUACCGCCUGGUCAAAAUCCGUGGACGUUUCCUUCACGAAAAGGAGAUGAGAAUGGGUCCAAGGUCACUCAUACGCCCGGAUGGUGUGGAGACCCAAGGAGGACUCUUCUCGCAGAGGGAUUCGGGCAAUGGCUAUCUGAUAGUGACCCCUUUUCAGCUGGCAGACAGAGACGACAUUGUGCUCGUCAAUCGGGGAUGGGUGUCCCGCAAGCAAGUGGAUCCAGAAACGCGUCCUUUGGGUCAACUGCCUGCGGAGGUGGAGCUCACCGCCGUGGUGAGGAAAGGAGAAGCCCGUCCUCAGUUUACACCUGAUCACAAGGGCAGUAUCUACCUUUAUCGCGAUCUGGCACGCAUGUGUGCCUCCACAGGAGCUGCUCCUGUAUUCCUAGAUGCCGUCUACGAUGCACAGGCGGCCAAAAAUGGUCCCAUUGGUGGCCAGACCCGCGUCACCCUGCGCAACGAUCAUCUCUCGUACCUGGUCACCUGGUUCAGCCUAUCGGCGGCCACCUCCUUCCUCUGGUACAGGCAAAUAGUCAAGAGGAUACCCUUCUAAGAGGUCAUUCAAUCAAACGCUCUGUUGUUAUUUAUAUAAAAUUUACAUGCUCUCGUGUAAA